AGGGUAAGCAAUUAUCGCUCGGAGUCGGAGCCCCAAAAUCUCACUCCCACCGCCACCACCACCGCCACCGCCGCUCCUUCAGCCUCCUCCCACCGUGCCGUGGCUGGAAUUGAUAAAAUUAUAUAUAUAUGGCGGAGAUACAGACCUCUGGCAGGCCAAUUGAUCAAUUGUUGGAGAAAGUCCUUUGCAUGAAUAUUCUUUCUUCUGAUUACUUCAGAGACCUUUUGAGAUUAAAAACUUACCAUGAAGUGAUAGAUGAGAUCUACAAUCAAGUUGAUCAUGUGGAGCCAUGGAUGACUGGCAAUUGUCGUGGUCCUUCUACAGCAUUCUGCCUUCUAUAUAAAUUUUUUACUAUGAAGCUCACUGUCAAGCAAAUGCACGGUCUCUUGAAGCACCCAGACUCUCCUUAUAUCAGAGCUGUUGGGUUCCUUUACCUAAGAUAUUAUGCUGAUCCAAAGACUCUAUGGAACUGGUAUGAACCAUUUAUCAAGGAUGAUGAGGAAUUUGCUCCUGGAUCCAAUGGUCGCAUGACUACAAUGGGUGUUUAUAUUAGGGACUUGCUUCUUGGACAGUACUAUUUUGAUACUCUUUUUCCUCGCAUCCCUGUUCCUGUGCUGCGCUCUGUUGUAUCCAAUCUCGAAAAACUGAAGCUUCCAACCAAGCAUUGUGGUACCACUGGGGAAUCAACACGUGGAUCUGAUGAAACUGCCCGUCGGCCACCAUCUGUUAAGGCUGCUCUCUCCGUCUCUUUUGGUCAGCGUGCUCCACAUCGUGCAUCAACUAGAGAUUCAUCUCCUGUCCGACGCACCAUACCAACACCAUCAUAUGAUAGAGACGAUGAUUCAAGACGUUCCCCCAGUGGUCGCCAAAGCCAAAGCCGUGAGUUGUCUGACCGGGAUUAUAUAGAUAGGGAUCGUGGCAGGGACAGGGACAGGAACCGAGACAGAGAGAGGGACCGGGACAGGGAACAAUAUCGGGAUAGGGAGCGGGACAGAGACAGAGAUAGAGAACGAAGGUAUGACUAUGAUCGACGGUCCCGGGAAAGUGGAAGGGAUUAUGAGAGGAGGAGCCAUGAUGGCAGCCGACAUUAUAGUGAAGGUAGUUCCCGUAGGAGCAGGAGCAGGAGCAGAAGCAGAAGUCAAAGCAUGUACGAGCAUAGUAUGCAUGGUGAUCAUCGUAGUUCACCUCGAGAUGGGAACAGGGAGAAGACUACUGCAUCCAGCAAUCUGGCGAAACUUAAAGAUAUAUAUGGCGAUUUGGGCAGUCAAAAGGAGGACACGGGCAAGGACAGGGGGCCUAAUAGGGAUAGUGGCACUGAGGAGGUUAUUAGACUUGGUGGUUCUACUUGGAGGUAGUGCGAGCACUGUUUUCUUUGCCAGCGUAUUAGCUUCAUGGAUCGACUUGUACCAGAUUGGCUCUCUUCCUUUGAUGAAGCUUCUAUCUCUUUCCUCUAGUUUUUCUCACCCUUCUUGAUGACAUUCAAUCUGAUAUUUCCAGACUAGACUACACAAUAUCAGUUAUGCCAUUGCCUUUCAUGAAUAUGCAGUGGGGAAGGACUGCAUGUAUAUUAGAAUUGUUGAAUGGUUUAUUCUGUUCCAGCGAAGUUUCAUUGCUCAAUUUAUUUCAAAGAACUGAAGACUGAUCAGAGUGAUCAAUCGUCAAGCCCUUUGACGACUA